UUUAACUGCGGGUUUUAUUCUUGGCAUGAAAAGCUAAUUUUGUUCGCUUCUGGGGAUACAGUAGAGCUUUAAAUAGACCGUACUUUCGCUCUUGCAAUCAAUAUGCAGUCUAACGUGAUUUCAGACAUGGUACCUCCAGUCUCAAGGGAUCUGGGUCAGUCGCUGUGCAUUAUAACAGGAGCGUCGAGAGGGUUCGGCCGAUGCCUAGCGUUGCAGAUAGCCGGUCUGCUCAAACCGAGGUCGGUGCUUCUGUUGGUGGCCCGAUCCGGCGACAAGCUACGAGAGCUGCAAGCAGAGCUCGCAGCAUCGGAGGCAGGCCGGGCCGGUUUGGUGGUACGCUGUGUGAUAGCAGACCUGGGGCAGAAGGAGGCCGUGGAAGAGACGGUGAGGGCGGCGAAGGAGACGUGCCCCAUAGACAUCGACCGCCUCAUUCUGAUAAAUAACGCAGCCUCUCUAGGGGACGUGUCUCGCUUCGCCCUGAGCUUCACCGACCCCGCGGAGGUGGACUCCUACCUGUCCCUCAACGUGAGUUCUGCCCUUAGUCUGACGGCGGGGGUGAUAAGUGCCUUCCCGCAGCGGCAGGGGAUGCGGCGCUAUGUGGUCAACAUCAGCUCGCUGUGCGCCGUGCGGCCUUUCCCGUCCUGGGUGCUGUACUGCACCGGCAAGGCUGCCCGCGACAUGAUGUUCAGGGUGCUGGCGGAGGAGGAGCCCGACCUGCGUGUGCUCAACUACGCUCCAGGUCCCUUGGACACAGACAUGCAGGUGGAGGCCCGGGCGAACACCGGAGACACGGUCGUCAGGAGCUCCUUCUCUGCCAUGCACUCACAGGGCCAGCUGCUGACCUGCGAGGAGUCUGGCGUCAAACUCAUGAAGCUGCUGCUGGACGACGACUUCCCCUCCGGGGCCCACCUGGACUUCUAUGACCUUUAAGGACAGGGAUAGAAAGUCCUAAAUGUGCUGGCCCUCAGUUUUAGGGGGCAGGGGGGCAGGAAGAGGCAGAGCUUGUGGGCGGGAUGGCAGACGUGUUUAAAGAAAGAGAUGGCCCUCAAUUAAGCUAUGACUAUUAGAGGGAGGAAUCGGCAGAGAUUACCGUGAUUCAUUGUGCAUCGCAGUGCAGUUUUAUUUGUGGCGUUGUUGGUGUGAAGUAGAAAUUAUUCAGUCAAUGUUGUAAGCACUGUGUAUUUGCAGUGUGACUGCUACAUGAGAUCAGGGAGACCGUGCUUAUGUGAUCCGAUCAGGAGUUGGAAAACAAUCCUGACAAAACGUCUGUUUUCAUUAUGUGCUCAUACCUCAAAAACGUAGCCUUAAACAUGGUAUCUUUUCCUCAUUUUAAUGUGCAAUUCCUAUGUCACUAGCAUAACAAUCAUUUAUUUUCAAAUGGUGCCUUUCUGAAUUUCCUCUUCCGCUAGUUAUGUUAAUUUCUGUUGAUGUUUCCUAGGGAAAGCAUUCCAGUAGUAGGUGAUGAUUGCUGUAGUUGCACAAUACAGACACUGUGUCCACAGGGCGGCAGUGACCUGCAGAGCUGUAGAUGCAGUCUGUGGUUAUGCUCAGUUUGCAUUCUCCAAAUAAUGUUUGGAGAUGGAAUUAAGGUUGAGUAAACUGAUCCUGGAUCAGCUGUUUGGGGCACACAACAAUAUUAUUCCCCUCUCUUGUAAAUGUACCGGAUAUCUGUGGGCCAGGGCAAAAUGUAGCAUUAUGAUCCUUGAGUUGUAAUUUCAAGGUGACCUGCUUUGUCUUGGAUAUUUUCAUGUUACGGUUUCAGAUGAUCCUUUUGUUUUUGGUUAUUUUGUCCAAAUGUACAUAUUUAAAGGCUAUUAAGAAUUUACACUGCUGUGGUUCUAAUCUUAAAGGAAAGUGUAGAUAUACUGAUGCCUCUGAAAUGUGCCAAAGUAUUUCAAUUGUACCAUAACAGGAUAUCGAAAAGAGCAACGUGGGACCUAACUAUGUAAAAAUCAUUUUUGUUUGUAUCUAAGAGAAAUUAUGUUUUCCUUUAGAUUUGUAGAUUAUUGCUGCUGAUAGACAUUUGAAU